AUGACUCCUAGUAUAGACUUCAUAGACCUCCCACUAGAACUUCACGUCUGUAUUGCUCAGUACCUCUCAGCAUACGACCGCAAACGACUUUCACAAACAUCUCAAUCACUACGGCCCGUCUACAGCCGCGAGUCAUGGCGCCACUGUACAGUUGACGAUUCUUCCAUCUCUUCUUCUUCAACAACUCCAUCAAUUCACUUCUUACUUCAUGAAUCAGACCCAAGUAUUGCAGACCCAUAUCUACAAACCCGUAAGGUCCCACUAAGAGCUCUUCGUAACCCACAAAAACAUUCUUGGUUUAUUCCAGAUGCCGUCAUUUCCCUACGUGUUCGACAACCUUUACCACCAGAUGUUGAUUGCUCUAAAUUCAAAGCGUUACGACAAGUGUCUUAUGGAGAAACAGUGGAAGUCCGCGUCGAAAAUAGACCAGAAGAAUUUCCAGAAAAUUGCACCACCCAGCUACACAUCUCAGAUACAAAUGACCAAACAAUAUCUCGCCUACUACUCUAUGAAGUCUCGAAAUCUACAGGACUUCAUCCAGACCCCCGAUCUUCUGCCGUAACUGUUAGCAAACUUCAAGUGUCGCCCACCUCAGCCCUCCCGCCAUCCUUUCAACCCUCCGCUUUCGCUCCGGUUUUCGCGUCAUCCCUCCAAGAGCUCUCCAUUUCUGUGUCCUCCCUCGGGCUCCAUGCCGGCGCAUGGCUCGAGUAUCUAGCUUACCACACGCACCAUCUGCCGUAUCUAAAACACCUUUCCAUAGAUGGCCCUAAAAUCCACAUUUCUACCGUCCAAACUACUCGGUACCCUGUGGCAGUGACUCGCGAAAUUCUAGCACUCACUCACAUUUCGUCGCACGUUACAGAAUGUCGUGUAGCACCAAUGAUUCUCUACGACUAUGAUCUCGAUGACUCGGUUGCAACCCCUGUCUCUGCGCAAAUCACAAUACCAGCAGUCACAGAACUCGACUUUGCAAAUAAUACAUGCUACAAUCUUCUUGCAAAGUAUCUCCACUUCCCUCGCCUUGAUCGCGUCUUUUUUAAACCAUCACCUUUCCUUUUGGCCGCUAAUCUCACCUCUAUGGCUGACGGUCUCACACACCUACAAAUCGGUGGCAAGCUGGCCACAAGCGCAGGUACGCUUUCCAGUAUUGCCCAGCUUCCACAUUUGCGAGUCUGGCAGUGCCAUUACUUCGAUGCUGCUGUUGUCCGAGACCGUUUUUCAUACUCUACCUUCAACGCAUAUGCCAGCCAGGUGCUGGCCAAGCCUGAGAUCACUUCACUCUCUUCUCGCUCGGGGAUACCUUCCUGGCGUAACGCAGAGGUCCAGUCUCAGUUCCACACUGCUCUGGCUGCCAUUACUUCUAACCCACUGACGGCCUUCCAGACUAUUAAAAAACUGGCGGCUGACGAUUGUUUAAGAGCCCUGUUAUUGACUCUUUGCGGAAUUGAAGCUGUGUUUAGAGUUGCAUGUCAUUUGCGUGAGCUCACACAUUUGUGUGUCAUUUAUCCAGACUCCUUUUCCACAUCUCCUGGCCUCCAAGCUCUUCUAGAGCAAAACUCUCCAUCGUCUUAUUCCAAAAAUUCCCUACAACAAGUCCGCGUGGCUUUGGUAUCAAAACAUCCCAGAGUCGAUCCAGAUUUUGCGUGUCUGCCGCAAGGUUAUGGUAUGCUGCCGUGCUUUAAUCGUGCGGCAAAUAGCGCCCAUGUACUCUACGAUUUAGCACAGCAGCGAGACCUGAGCCGGUACCAGGAAAUUGACCCGUCUAACGGGUGUUCAGUUAUUAACAGUUAUCAGAUCAAGUAUGACGACAUGUUUGAGCAUGAUUUUGUAGAAUGGGAGCAUUAA